AGCUACUGUUACCACCCCUGGAAAAGUUCUUCAGGAAUAAGUGACAGUAAGAACGACAAGGGAUUAGGACUGGCUUCCUCUUAUAAAUAAUAAAAUCCAAAGAGAAGUGACUUGAGUCUCCAGGUUUAAAGAAGAGCAACUAGAAGUCGUCCAAACACCUGCAUCUCAUAAGGAGAAGAAAAGUCCACCUGGAUCUUGUUUCUGGACUGAGAUGGAUGGAGAGGCCACAGUGAAGCCUGGAGAACAAAAGGAAGUGGUGAGGAGAGGAAGAGAAGUGGACUACUCCAGGCUCAUUGCUGGCACUUUACCACAAUCUCACGUCACCAGCAGGAGGGCGGGAUGGAAAAUGCCCCUCUUCCUCAUACUGUGCCUACUACAAGGUUCUUCUUUCGCCCUUCCACAAAAAAGACCCCAUCCGAGAUGGCUGUGGGAGGGCUCUCUCCCCUCCAGGACCCAUCUCCGGGCCAUGGGAACACUCACGCCUUCCUCGCCCCUCUGCUGGCGGGAGGAGAGCUCCUUUGCAGCUCCAAAUUCAUUGAAGGGCUCAAGGCUGGUGUCAGGGGAGCCUGGAGGAGCUGUCACCAUCCAGUGCCAUUAUGCCCCCUCAUCUGUCAACAGGCACCAGAGGAAGUACUGGUGCCGUCUGGGGCCCCCAAGAUGGAUCUGCCAGACCAUUGUGUCCACCAACCAGUAUACUCACCAUCGCUAUCGUGACCGUGUGGCCCUCACAGAUUUUCCACAGAGAGGCUUCUUUGUGGUGAGGCUGUCCCAACUGUCCCCGGAUGACAUCGGAUGCUACCUCUGCGGCAUUGGAAGUGAAAACAACAUGCUGUUCUUAAGCAUGAAUCUGACCAUCUCUGCAGGUCCCGCCAGCACCCUCCCCACAGCCACUCCAGCUGCUGGGGAGCUCACCAUGAGAUCCUAUGGAACAGCGUCUCCAGUGGCCAACAGAUGGACCCCAGGAACCACCCAGACCUUAGGACAGGGGACAGCAUGGGACACAGUUGCUUCAACUCCAGGAACCAGCAUGACUACAGCUUCAGCUGAGGGAAGACGAACCCCAGGAGCAACCAGGCCAGCAGCUCCAGGGACAGGCAGCUGGGCAGAGGGUUCUGUCAAAGCACCAGCUCCGAUUCCAGAGAGUCCACCUUCAAAGAGCAGAAGCAUGUUCAAUAUAACAGAAGGUGUUUGGGAGGGCACCAGAAGCUCGGUGACAAACAGGGCUAGAGCCAGCAAGGACAGGAGGGAGAUGACAACUACCAAGGCUGAUAGGCCAAGGGAGGACAUAGAGGGGGUCAGGAUAGCUCUUGAUGCAGCCAAAAAGGUCCUAGGAACCAUUGGGCCACCAGCUCUGGUCUCAGAAACUUUGGCCUGGGAAAUCCUCCCACAAGCAAUGCCGGUUUCUAAGCAACAAUCUCAGGGUUCCAUUGGAGAAACAACUCCAGCUGCAGGCAUGUGGACCUUGGGAACUCCAGCUGCAGAUGUGUGGAUCUUGGGAACUCCAGCUGCAGAUGUGUGGACCAGCAUGGAGGCAGCAUCUGGGGAAGGAAGCGCUGCAGGGGACCUAGAUGCUGCCACUGGAGACAGAGGUCCCCAAGCAACACUGAGCCAGGCCCCGGCAGUAGGACCCUGGGGACCCCCUGGCAAGGAGUCGUCCGUGAAGCGUACUUUUCCAGAUGAUGAAAGCAGCUCUCGGACCCUGGCUCCUGUCUCUACCAUGCUGGCCCUGUUUAUGCUUAUGGCUCUGGUUCUAUUGCAAAGGAAGCUCUGGAGAAGGAGGACCUCUCAGGAGGCAGAAAGGGUCACCUUAAUUCAGAUGACACAUUUUCUGGAAGUGAACCCCCAACCAGACCAGCUGCCCCAUGUGGAAAGAAAGAUGCUCCAGGACGACUCUCUUCCUGCUGGGGCCAGCCUGACUGCCCCAGAGAGAAAUCCAGGACCCUGAGGUACAGAAAUAUGAACUGCUCAGUUACCACGGGAGAAGGACCAAGAUCAAAGGCCUUCAGGACCCCAGCCUCUUUCCAUCAUCCUUCUUCCACCUGUGGGAAGAGAAGCUGAUGCAGCCGGUGCUCCACCCAUGGAAGAAAGGCUGGCUGUCCUUGGGCCCAAGAAAGUCAAGCAUUAUCCACGUCCAAAGGUGACAAGAUGACUCAAAGGAGACUUCAAGAACGGUGUACGAAACACUGGAAGAGGUCACCUAGGAAAAGCAUGAAAUUUCCAUUCCUGAAUGUUUGAAAAUAGAAGAGGCUUCCAAUCAGUGUGGAAAGUGACAAAUCCCCUAGCAACACUCCCAGCCCUUGCUGGGGGCUCCUUUUCUGACUACUGUUAGCACUCAGCCUCCCAUUCACAUGUAAUUAUAUUUAAGUGUACCAGCCUUGCCUUCUCAAGUAGAUUCUAAGCUCCUUUAGGGCAGUAAUUGCAUUUUAUCUGUCUCAUGAUGCCCCCAGAGAACUUCCAACUCAGUAGGACCCCAAUAAAUACCUGUGUCUGAUUGA